ACGGUACCACCGUUAUGUGUACCCAUGAAAGAUGGUAGGGUUCGCCCCGACGACCAAUCACCAAGAUCAAGUUGGCGAAACCAAUGCCUCAUUACAGAACUACGGCAAGGUUGCAUCCGAAAAACACAAAGACCGAAACCUGAUUGCUGACUCCUAUCUCAAACGAACGUCCGUUAAUAAGUACGUAAAACCCAGACGAGACAACAAUCUCCAGUGCAAAAGGAAAUGGAUUUCUACUUGGAUAAAACAGAAAACUUUCUGGCUGCAGUUUCAAUUAAUUUUGACCUUUCAGCAUAUGAAACAAUGGCAAUGUUCUCAACUGCAGACCAAUCCACGAACAGCAGUUCAAAAAAUUGUCAUCAAACACUUACACAUUCAGAUCCAUUAUUUUCAACCCUUCAAGAAUGGCUUCACAAUCGGUCACAGUGUUUGCCUGAUGAAGAAAAUUGUAAUGAAUUAAAACCUGAUGAAUCAAAGUCUGAUAUGAUGGAUUUUGGAUUGUGUUUUGUUGAAAUGGCUGCAACUACGUUAGAAACUGUGGUUCAAAACAAAGAAAACCUGAGACACCACCUUAAAAUUCCUUUAGCUGGAAAUUGCAUGCGUCUACACUUCAAUCAGCAUAGGGAUUUCCUUGAUGUGGUUCAAUGCUUAACUGAAGUGGGGAAAAAGUAUGAAGAUUACUCAUUGCUCAAUUCUGAUAAUUUGAUUCUAAGCUUGGAGCAGCGCAUUAAGAAGCUGGAAGAAGAAGAGAAGAUUGCUGUAGAGCUGCAGAAUUUGUCAAUGAACACAGCUGCAGAUACUGAGGAAGUCAGAAAAGAGAAGGUAUUGUACGCUCCAUAGACAAAAAGUACGACAUAUUUAUUGGAACUGUACAACAUCGAGAGGCGCAAUUGACAGCAACAAUUUUUUUUUUUUUAAUUUUACUUGUCACUGCUUGAAUUUUUUCCAUUCCUGUAAUUUGGGAAGUAGUAAACGAAACGUAUCAUCAUGGA